AUGAAGUCAACGGCUAUUUCUCUCAAGAUAACGUUACUUGUCAAUAUUUUGUUACACACAUUAACAAGUUUUCCUUUAAAGUUCAUAAAGGACAAAACCCUUCGUAUAAAUACAAAUGAGAAUAUUCAAGGAUUUAAUGUGUCAUUGUUUACAAAUGCAGGAGGUAACAGCACAGAAAAGGUGAAUGUACAGCAGUCUCCCGUCCCAGCUAUUUGGACGUUACUGAGACUUGUUGGAAGGAUUCAUGAUAAUAAAACUGUGUCUCUCACACGUCACACGUUGGUUCUAAAUGUCAGCCACGACAUCGACAAACAGACUGAUGACAUUCACGACUUAAAGCAGACAGAUGCGUAUGACAUACGAAAUGACAUUAUAGUGACGCGAAAUGACAUAGAGUUACAAAACGGACCCAGCAAAGUUGUCAGAAAUGACGAAACAAAAAUUGAAGUAAAAAGUCAACUCAGAAAAAGAUCUGAAAAGAUAUGCACACUAUCAAAGGAAAGAGCCCUGAUACUUAUUAAACGCAUUGAGCACGACUAUUUUGAACUAGCAGGUCAGGCUGAGAAGGUAACUGGUGAUGAUUCACAGGAGGUUGAGUAUUACCUUUACAAGUAUACAUCUGGUGGAUUUAUCAAAAUGAUUUACAGAAUUGAUAAAUGCCACCAUCGUGUUAAUAGAGUCAGCUAUGAUAAAAUUGACAUUGGAGGUCCCUGUGAAAAUCGUGCUUUUGGUAUAGGGGGCAGCGCUUUUCAGGGACCGAUCUUCUUUGGUAGGAAACCAUUUUGUCUGGAGACCACAUUCUCAAAUGUAACAAAAAAUUGCAUUUUAAAGAAUAAAUAUGUGGAAGGAAUAGACAUUCGUGGCGUGAAUAUUUCUGAUGUUGAGAAGAAGAAAGAGCCCCUUGAGUUUGACUGUAACAAGGCAUAUCUGGACGGUCCCAAUGGGGCCAUGUCGCCUCUGUUUGACGCCUUCUUCUACGCUACACAAGCACAGCGGAUGUUGGAAGAGUGGUUUAACUACACUAAGCUGCAGAAUCCGCCGAUCACGGUGAGAGUACACUACGGCGAAAAUGUGGCGAACGCUAAGAGAAAUAAUACCCACCUGUUGUUUGGCGAUGGGGACGGUGUGUCUACGUCAUACGCCACCGCUCCUGACGUGGUUGGACACGAGCUGGGUCAUAUGGUGCUGGGGACAGACACAAAUAUAACUCAAAAUCCCACCAUAGCUCGAAGUGGUUUCGAUGAAUCCUUUUCGGACUUCCUAGGUAAAACUGUGGAGUUUUACAUUUUCGGGAUGUUUGAAUGGAGAUUGGCAACCGUGGUAAAGAAUGACAGUUUAGGAAUCCGGUCCCUUGAGCUGCCUUCAAUGCAGGUCGUGGAAGAUAUGCUUCACCGUAAAAGUGGACACUACAACGGUGGAGUUCUUACACGAGUUUUCUACCGCAUGGCUAAGUUUUGGGGGAUUAGAACAACUAUGGAAGCACUUAUGAACGCUAAAGACCUGAUUGCCCAGAAAAUGAUCAACUCAUAUAGUGACGUGUCCUGUACACUCAUUAAAGCUGGGUAUAAAACCGGCUUGGACAUGUAUGAAAUCGAAAAGUUUUUCAAAACAGUUGGCAUUGAUAGCUCAGCGAAGUGUCCAAUAGAUGGCGUGUUCGUGGACAUCCUACAUGUCGGCAAGCUGAUCAAAGUUUCCAGUCGACGCCGCCCAUUUUUUCGAGUGCCGUUCUUCAAAUCAAAAUUUCUCAUUUUCACCACAGUACCAAGGACACAGGUGAGGAUAACACUAUCGACAGACCGACAAGGCAAGAAUCGGGUGCAGACGAUAGGGCUGGGAAUGAUCAGAAUCAGCAAAAAUGUCAUCUGCUGUGGGAUAACGUACAUUCACUUCAGCACUGGAACUCAAGCGGAGAUUCCCGUUCAGAUCACCAAAACUCUGGAAUUUUGA